UGGAUUCCCACCAUGGCCUGGGCCCCUCUGCUCCUCGCGCUGCUCACUUACUGCUCAGGGGUCAGUUCGCAGCCCGUGGUGACUCAGGAGCCCUCGAUGUCGGUGACCCCAGGAGGGGCUGUCACUCUGUCCUGCAGCCUGAGCACUGGAGCCAUCACCACCAGCAACUAUCCAGGGUGGUACCAGCAGAAACCAGGCUCUGCUCCUCGGCAGCUUAUAUACAACAUUAAUAACAGACCCUCCGGGAUCCCUGCCCGGUUCUCUGGGUCCAUAUCCGGUAACAACGCUGCCCUGACCAUCACCGGUGUCCAGGCAGAGGAUGAGGCUGACUAUUACUGUGUUGUGUAUAUCGGUAGCAGUAGUAGUUGGACUCACAAGAGAAUCGGAGGGUCCCAGUCACAGACCUGUUUGCCUCAGGAAGCCGAGCGCGUCUGGAUUCCCACCAUGGCCUGGGCCCCUCUGCUCCUCACGCUGCUCACGUACUGCUCAGGGGUCAGUUCGCAGCCCGUGGUGACUCAGGAGCCCUCGAUGUCGGUGACCCCAGGAGGGGCUGUCACUCUGUCCUGCAGCCUGAGCACUGGAGCCAUCACCACCAGCAACUAUCCAGGCUGGUUCCAGCAGAAACCAGGCUCUGCUCCUCGGACACUUAUAUACAACACCAAUAGCAGACCCUCCGGGAUCCCUGCCCGGUUCUCUGGGUCCAUAUCCGGUAACAACGCUGCCCUGACCAUCACCGGUGUCCAGGCAGAGGAUGAGGCUGACUAUUACUGUGCUGUGUGGGCUAGUAGUGUGAAUCACAGUGAUCCAGCCAGAUGGGGAACUGAGACAAAAACCUCCCCUGUCUUCAUCCCCUCCAGCUGGGCUCUGCUCUGGCUCCACACCUCCGUGCGUCACACGUCACAAACCUUCCGCCUGUCUGCCAUGGAACCUCCCGCCCUUCAGCUGGGCCCGCGGCUGCUCAGCAGACUCAUCCCCCUGGGGUUUGUUCUCCCAGCCGGCAGCCGGCAGCACUGA